CGCGCUGCGCCAGCUUUUGUUUCGAGAUUCUCGAUUGGUGUUGAGUUCGCACUGAUUACGCAACGAUCAGUGUCUAGUGGUAGUUUGUGGAUCGCGCCAGACGGACGUAAAAAUGGCAAAGAUUUUCCCGACAAAUUGCCGAAAUGUCAUUCGACAGGUUCGUGGAUUGCAUUCAUCCACGGUCCAAAAUGCUGAAGCCAGAUUAAAAACUUUCAGCAUUUACCGAUGGAAUCCCGACAAGCCUGACGAGAAACCGGAUAUGCAAGAUUACAAAGUUGACUUGAAUUCAUGUGGCCCCAUGAUAUUAGAUGCUUUGAUUAAAAUUAAAAAUGAGGUCGAUCCAACUUUGACUUUCCGCCGUUCGUGUCGGGAGGGAAUCUGUGGUUCCUGUGCAAUGAACAUCGGUGGAACGAAUACUCUUGCCUGUAUCAGCAAGAUUGACACAAACCUUAGCAAGAGAACUAAGAUCUACCCAUUGCCUCAUAUGUAUGUUGUAAAAGACUUGGUACCAGACAUGAACCACUUUUACUCUCAAUACCGUAGUAUACAACCAUGGCUCCAACGUAAAGAUGCCAAAGAAAGUGGUACUCAGCAAUACCUGCAAAGUGUUGACGAUCGUAAAAAAUUGGAUGGUCUAUACGAGUGCAUUUUAUGUGCGUGCUGCAGUACUUCUUGCCCAUCUUAUUGGUGGAAUGGAGACAAAUAUUUAGGCCCGGCAGUUUUGAUGCAGGCUUACCGGUGGAUCAUCGACUCAAGAGAUGACUUAUCCAAGGAACGUCUCGAGAAACUAAGAGAUCCAUUCUCCGUCUACCGUUGCCAUACAAUUAUGAAUUGCAGUCGAACAUGUCCUAAGGGGCUGAAUCCUGGUAAGGCGAUUGCAGAGAUAAAGAAGUUGUUGGCUGGUGUUAUAGAAAAAGGUGAACCGGGCCUCAACACUACCGCUCUGCACAAUUGAGUAUUGCUGGUAGGAAUUAGUCAGGUUCACAAAUGAUGUAAGAGUUAUUUGUGCACAGUAUUGUCGUGCAUAGACGAAUAAAUGUAUAAAUAAUGUAUACAGACAGCGUGGUAUGUAUACAUGUAUUUAUAUAUGUAUGUACAUAAAAUAUCAAAA